AGUGCAAUUGUUUACAGCGCACUUUUCCUUUUCUUUUCUUCUAUCUCACUUGAUUUUCCGAUUCUUGGCAAUUGCUCAAGUUUGCAUGGACAACAAUGAAGGAAAAACCAUGCUGGCUCUAUAUAAAAAUCUGGAAGAUAUGCGCGAUACACCCACCGUAUUAUUCGUUCUUUCGGACUACGACAUAAGGGAUUUGCUACUGGAGUGCUUCAGAGAAAAAAUGCUCAACGUGGUUGCUUUUAAAGGCUUAGAUAGGGAGUUUAUCUACAGCUACCAGGCAUACCCAAGGUUUCAUUUAAUUAAAAGACGUCUAACGGAAGUUCGUAGAUAUUUCGAGCCGCAACUUGAGGAUCUGGGAGGCUAUACCCUUAAGGCACUGCCCGACAACAUAAUACCGCGAACUGUGGUCUACAGGAACUCCGAUGGAAAUCGCCAGUUGGCUGGAUACCUCCACCCUUUCAUCCUUAACUAUGCGAGCACCCUGAAUGCACAACUCAAAAUCUGCUGGGAAUUGGUUCCGGAGAUGGGCAUGACCCAACUUCCGGAAGUAGUCAGACUUUCGGAGAUCAAUGGUGUGGACUUUCCGCUGGGCAUUCACGGAAUUGAGCAUGGGUCGACCAGACAAAAUGUCCAAAUGGAAACCUCUAGCUGGUUCCUGAUGUUACCCAUGGAACCCGGCAUGCCCAGAGCUUUUUUCUUCGUUGCCUUGGGCUUAGAGAGGACUAUACCUCUAAUGAUCCUAGUGGCUAUGGUACUAUUCAAUGCCCAUCGCAUAGAAGUGGGCUUAAGUCCCAGCUGGCGUUGCUACGUCCUGGGAGAUAAAGUCAUGCGUGGAAUCCUGGCACAAGCAUUUAUCCUACCCCGGGGACUCUCCGCCAAGAUGAUGUUCCUUUACUGGUUGCUCCUGCUUAACGGAUUCUUUGUGAGUAACUUCUAUACGGCCAAUCUGGAAACCUGGCUAGUAGAUCCACCGACAGGUCAUCCAAUCCGAAGCUGGAAUCAAAUGCGCAGCCUCAACAAGAAGGUCCUUAUUGUGCCUACCGAAUUGUAUAGCCUGACAGAAGCCCUUGGCAAGGAGUUUAUAGAUGACAAUAGCAAUGUUUUUAAAUUAACAAACUCGGAAAAUUUCCAAAACAAGCGCUUAUUUAUGAACCAAUCUUACGCUUAUCCCGUAACUCGCGCAUUGUGGCCACUUUUGCAGCAAGCUCAGGUCAAACUUCUGAAACCCAUCUUUCGUCGUUCCCGGGAGCUAGAGCUUAUACCAUAUUUGAUGAUGGCCAUGCCAUUGCCGAAAAACUCGGUUUUUCACAAGUCACUGAAUCGAUAUAGGGCACUCACAAAGCAAAGCGGACUGUACGAUUUUUGGUUCAGACGGAGCUUCCACGAACUGAUUGCCCUUCGUAAAAUAAACUGCAAAACAGACAAGGAUCAUCAGGACUAUCGGGAUUUCGAAUGGCAGGACUUAAGUUUUGUUUGGCUUACCUUUAUGGGAGGUACUCUCAUAAGUUUUAUAGUAUUUCUAGGCGAGAUUGGAUACCACAGAUGGCAUUUGAAGAAGACACCAAACGUUAUUGUUUUUGAAUACUAUUUAAACUAA